GCCUGGUUGACCCUCCCACUCCCCCUUCCACGUUCCCUUCUUCACUCCCCCCCUCCCUACUCCCCCUAUAUAUACCCUCAGCCGCCAUUUUCCCACUCUCACUCCACAAUUCCUGCAUAUUCAAUUCAAAUUCAUAUUCCCCGCCCCCUUGAGGAUCUCUUCCCGACCAACUUGAAAAUGGAGAGGCCGGAAAACGACCCGAACGGCACCGUUUCCCCUUCCUCCGGCAAUACCAACUACAGGGGCGUGAGGAAGAGGAACUGGGGGAAAUGGGUGUCGGAGAUUCGCCGCCCCAAUAGCCGGGAACGCAUUUGGCUCGGCUCCUUCGACUCGCCGGAGAAGGCCGCCCGGGCAUUCGACGCCGCCCUCUUCUGCCUGCGCGGCCGCAAUGCUCACUUCAACUUCCCCGACACCCCUCCCGACAUCCCCGGCGGAGAAUCGUUCUCAAUCCACGAGAUCAAGGUCGCCGCCGCCCGUUACGCCGAAUCGGAUUCCACGGUUAUCGGGUCCGAUCCGUCCCCGCCGUGGUCUUCUCACGACGGGCACGGAGUGGAAGGUGAAAUGACCGAAAUGCCCUUAGGCGGCGAGUUUCUCCGCGGUGCCUCCUCCCCGGAAGCUCCUUGGAACGACCACAAUAGCGACGGGGUUGUUGCCGAGGAGAGCUUCGGGUACUUUCCGGGAUUCGAUGAAUUUGCAAAUGACUAUUAUGCCCCGCAAACCAGCGAAUACAUCGACGACCAAUACGAUGGGUUCUCUUCUUCACAUGGCUCUUUUCUCUGGAAUUUUUGAAGCAAUUCAUUCUCUUUUUCUUGUAGAGAAUCAAUGGGCAAUCAUUCAAUUCUGAAUCUGGUCUCGUUUUUUUUGCCGGGAGGAAUAAAAAUAAAGACGUCCUAGCUGAAAUUUAUUUAGAGCUAGGUACAAGAGAACCAUAUAUAUUUGUGAGUCAAAUAAUACAAGGGUAUAUUA